AUGAAUGCUUUAGCAGCAACCAACAGAAACUUCAAGCUAGCAUCUAGGCUUCUUGGUUUGGACUCAAAGCUCGAGAAAAGUCUUCUCAUUCCCUUCAGAGAGAUCAAGGUGGAAUGUACCAUUCCGAAAGACGAUGGAACUCUAGCAUCAUUCAUUGGAUUCAGAGUCCAACACGACAACGCAAGAGGUCCCAUGAAAGGUGGAAUUAGAUAUCAUCCAGAGGUGGAACCGGAUGAAGUAAACGCCUUGGCUCAACUCAUGACAUGGAAAACAGCAGUGGCUAAGAUACCUUACGGUGGAGCCAAAGGAGGUAUUGGUUGUGACCCGAGCGAGCUAAGCAUCUCGGAGCUCGAACGUUUGACUCGAGUUUUCACACAGAAGAUUCAUGAUCUCAUCGGGAUUCAUACCGAUGUUCCAGCUCCUGAUAUGGGAACCGGUCCUCAGACAAUGGCGUGGAUUCUUGAUGAAUACUCGAAAUUCCACGGACACUCCCCUGCCAUUGUGACCGGAAAACCCAUUGAUCUUGGUGGAUCUCUGGGGAGAGAUGCUGCUACUGGAAGAGGAGUGUUAUUUGCAACAGAAGCUCUACUAAAUGAACAUGGAAAGAGCAUAUCGGGACAGCGAUUCGUCAUUCAGGGUUUUGGAAAUGUGGGUUCUUGGGCGGCGAAGUUGAUAAGUGAGAAAGGGGGAAAGAUUGUGGCGGUGAGCGAUGUCACAGGAGCAAUCAAGAACAAGAAUGGAAUCGAUAUCUCUGGUUUGCUCGAGCAUACCAAAGAAAACAGAGGAAUCAAAGGGUUUGAUGGUGCUGAUUCGACCGAUCCUGAUUCGAUUCUUGUUGAAGAUUGUGAUAUCCUUGUCCCUGCAGCUCUAGGGGGCGUCAUCAACAGGGAAAAUGCGAAUGAGAUUAAAGCAAAAUUCAUCAUUGAAGGUGCCAAUCAUCCAACUGAUCCUGAGGCUGACGAGAUCUUGAGGAAGAAAGGUGUUGUGAUCCUCCCAGAUAUAUACGCAAACUCAGGAGGAGUCACUGUAAGUUACUUCGAGUGGGUUCAGAACAUACAAGGAUUCAUGUGGGAUGAGGAAAAGGUUAACAAGGAGCUUAGGACAUACAUGACUCGCGGCUUCACAGACUUGAAAGACAUGUGUCAGACUCACUCCUGUGAUCUUCGUAUGGGAGCUUUCACCCUCGGUGUCAAACGCGUGGCUCAAGCUACCACUAUCAGAGGCUGGGGAUCAUGAGAUCACCUUGGAAUCUCAA